AUAUGAUUAUAAGUCAUCUAUCGUUCAGUAGCUGGAUGGGCUCGAUUAUCUGCUUCCAUUUCCUCCAAAUCUGUUUAUUGCUUCAAUUAUAUUUCUGAUAAAACUCGGCGCCGCUUUCCUGUCCAGAAUUGAAGAUCGAUCCAACGAUCAAAUCUCAAGUUCUGAAGAACGAAUAAAAACCCUUUAAUUUUCACUGUACUAGCUAGCUGAGCUGAUCGAGUUCCCAUGGAUGAUGAGACGAUGCUAAUUACCAGUACUGUUGAGAAGCAGAAGAAGAGGCGCCGCCAUAGCAGCAAAAACCCCAAGAGAAAGCAACAGCAACAGCAACAGCUGAAGGUCGUUUACAUCUCCAACCCUGUUAGGGUAAACACCAGCGCCGCUAAAUUCCGUGCGCUGGUGCAGGAACUCACCGGCCAAGACGCCGACGACUUGCCGGUGACGCCCCAUGCCGCUGCUACUGGCGGCGGAAGACAAGGAAGCUGCGUGCAGGCCAUGGAAGACCAUGUAGUCCUCCAAGUACCGACGACUAGUAUUCAUCAUCAUCAUCAUCAUCAUCCUGGGACGACAGACACAUCAUCGGAGAACUCAAAUCUCAUUUUCGAGGAUUCCUAUGUGCCGCAGUUGCAAGAAAGCUUUCCGGCCGGGAUACUCCCUUCAAACAUCUGGUAUGAAUCAAUAUAGAUCCAAUUUUAAUUACCACACUGAACCAACCAACCAACCAACCAAUCUCUCUCUCUCUCUAUAUAUAUAUAUAUGUAUGAAUGGCGGCGUGUGUACCUAAGCUAAGCAACCCUACUUUAUUUAGUAGAGUUCUACUAUAUGUACUCUUAAAUUCUACUCUCUUCAUUUUUCUCUUGUACCCACCUUUGCUAGAUAGGCUAGGGUUGCAACCUCAGCUCAAUGAAAAUAUAAUAAUAAUAAUAAUCUUGUUUCAUUUCUAAUUUAA